AAUUUCUUGGCAAUUAUUUUGGAAGAAAAUUAGAAAUUGUUUGUAGUAGGGGCUUCUGGGAAACAAUCUUUGUAUUUAUCAAAAAAUCUUCUUUCAGUAACUAUUUUUUUCUAUCAUAUUGUUUAUUUAAUAUUGUUAGUGUGGGUUUUUAUUGGUGUGUGUUGUAUUCAUGGUUAUUUUCCACAUAUGUCUACCUGCGUGGUAGGAAUGUAGGAUAGGUUUGUAAUAAGGAUAACCUUUAUUUUUACAAUCAGCUGUAAUUGAGCAAAAUUAUUAAAUAUAAUUAGUUUCAUUUGGAGUGAAUAGAUUAGGUACACCCAGAAUAGGUACUUAUAGUUUUUUUUAUGAAUAAAUAUGGAUAGCCUAUAAGCCUACCACUAUAGUUUUGUCUAAUCAAAACAUGACACAUGUUUGCAAUAUUUUGUGUGAAAAAUGAACUACAUUAUAAGGAAAUGAUGUAAUAGUACUUAACAUAAAAGACAAUUAGCAAAUACAUCUCAAGUUUUUAUACAGCAAAAUUUUCCAUAAUUUUCAUGUAGGUAAAAUGUUAAGAAGGUAACCAAAAAUUUCAUAUAGGUAUAACUUUUCGUUAAUAUUUAAGAAACUGUUUGACAUGGCCAAUCACUGAAAUAAAUGUAAUAUCCUUAAAUUGUUGUUCAUUUACAAGCUAUUUCUUAUGAACACACACAUUUUAUAUGUUGGAAAGACACAUGUUGCAAUUUUAAAUGCAGUUUUUUGUAAAUAUUCUUAUAACCAUCCCAUAUGAGUUUAUUUAAAUAACAUUUUAUUUAUUUUAUGUUUAAAUAAAAUUUAAAUCUAGAACCUGCAAAUCAGCAAUAGGCCUACCUGCAGUAUCAAAUCAUGUAUUUUUAUCUGAAUAGACAUCACAUAAUGAGAUGAAUAAGUUAUUGCUUAGCCCUACACACUAUUUUUCAAAAUUUAAAUGAAGCUAACCUAACUUAACCAACCAUCCACACAAAAUUUAAGAAUUUCAUAACCAGAAUGGAGCUUCCCUUUUCAACUAAUUGAAGUUCUGAAGGGAAAAAAAACUCAAAUUCUAGAGGAUUUGCGAUUCCGCCAUCAAAGGAGGUGGUGGAAUAAUUCCGUCAUUUUGUGAAGUCAUUCCAAUACUUAAUUCUGCUAGUGAGUGUUCAAGAAUAGGGUUUAGCACAUCUCUAUCUGAUUUUGGUCAUUCCUCUAGCUAAAUUAUUCUGACAUGGUCAAGAAUAGGGUCCCGGUUAAUCUUUGACUCUGGCCUUGCCGGCCUGUGUUUACAUGAUUAUACGGAGACCUCCUGGACAGUAAACUUUGGCCUUUGACAAUUGGCGACUGGGUAGUGACACAUGUAUAUAACAGGAUCCUUGACCCCUGAUAAACUUUGACCUUAUGUUUACGUAGAUUGUGUUGUGUAAUCUGCUUAUGAAAAGAAGUUACUUUUUUUUUUUAAGUCUGACAAUGUUUUAUUUGUUUUUAAUCUUUUGUCAUCAAUAUUUAUUUUUCAGCUGCGAGAUUAAUUAAACAGGCGCAGUUGUUAGUUGGUUACGGUUUCCAACAGUUGCAGAAACAUGAGAGGUGCAGUGCUGAAGUUAUGUAGGCAGUCGAAAUGUAUUUUCAACUGUUCGAUAAUCAGGAGUUUGUCAGAUUCCCAAACCAGCACGCCUCCGCCGCCGGAGACCCCUGUGAAGAGGACAUUGGGAAGCUGGGGAGACGAUGUUAAGACGACGUUUGGAGUGAAGAAGGAAACACCUGCAAUCCCAAAUCACUGUGAUGUUGUUAUUAUAGGUGGAGGUGUAAUCGGGUCAUCCAUAGCGUACUGGCUGCAGCAGAGAACUCGCUAUGGCCUGAACAUAGUCGUGGUGGAGCGGGAUCCUUCGUACGCGCAGGCGUCGACCGUGCUGUCCUGCGGGGGGGUGCGCCAGCAGUUCACCGUCCCGGAGAACGUGCAGAUGUCGAUGUACGGCGCGGAGUUCCUGUACAACAUCAAGACCCACCUGUCGGUGCCCGACCACGAGGCCCCGGACCCACAGUUCACGCAGUGCGGCUACAUGUUCCUGGCCUCGGAGAGCAGCGCGGAGCACCUGCAAGAGGCCUACAAGCUGCAGAAACAGCUGGGAGCGAAGAUUGAGCAGCUGUCGCCUCAGCAGCUGAAAGAGAGAUGUCCAUGGAUGAACGUGGACGAUGUUGCCCUGGCUAACCGCGGCGUUGGGAAUGAAGGCUGGGUGGACCCGUGGUCUCUGCUGGGUGCAUUCAAGAGAAAGGCAAUAGCUCUGGGCACUACCUAUGUGAAGACAGAGGCAGUUGGGUUCGAGUUCAAGAAACAGCCAGGUGCCGAGGUUGAGGGCGUGGAUAGCCUUCUGGUGAAAACUGACGAUGGGGAAACACAUCCCAUCAAGUUCGACAAAGUGAUCAUAGCUGCUGGCGCACGCUCUGGAAAUGUGGCGAAACUGGCGCGGAUAGGCACGGGAGAGGGAGUCUUGAGCGUGCCAUUGCCUGUGGUUCCCAAGAAGAGGUACGUGUAUGUCUACCACUGUGCAGAUGGCCCUGGUAUGAGUACUCCGUAUCUCAUCGACCAUAAUGGAGUGUGGUUCAGGCGGGAAGGGCAAGCGGGCAACUACAUCGCAGGCAUCUCUCCGCUGCCGGAGGAAGAGCCGAGUGUGGACAACCUGGAGGUGGACUACAGCUUCUUCGACAACACGGUGUGGCCGCUCCUGUGCCAGAGAGUGUCGCAGUUCGAGUGUCUCAAGGUGAGGAGUGCGUGGGCUGGCUUUUAUGACUUCAACACGUUUGACGAGAAUGCCAUCAUCGGACUUCAUCCCGCCUACCAAAAUCUCUACAUGUGCACUGGGUUCAGUGGUCACGGUCUGCAGCAGUCUGCCGCCGCUGGUCGCGCCGUCAUGGAAUUGAUUUUAGACGGCGGCUUCCAGACAAUCGACCUUACACGCUUCGGAUUUGAGAGACUCAUCAAACAAGAAAGGGUCCUGGAGACGAACAUCAUCUAGAGUCACUUCUGGUGGGAGACUGACUUUAGAAACAGUUGAGCACUUUGUUAAUAGAUUGUGAAUAAUAAAGUUUGUACUGAAUAUACACUACAAUGUUGGUCACCAUGUGACUAUUAGAAGAUACUUCGUGUCUUCAGCGUGAUCCUCGUUUCCUUUCAAAAUUAAAAACUGGGUGUGUACUUGUGCAUUUAAUCAUUAUAAUGUGAGUGUAUUAGCAGGAAUAGUAACAAUUAUAGAAAAUUACAUAACAGGUAAA